AUGAUUCCUUUCCUCAUCAUCGCCACUACACUCUUCCUCUCCUCUGUCAUCGCCGCUGAUGAAGCUUUUCCGUCGAUUCCCACUACCUUCUACGUCGCCAAGACCCUCUCUGACGAUCUGAAACCGAUCCGCCGGGAGGUUUAUGGAGAAGGGAAGAUAUUCGACAUAACCCACCGGUACACGCAGGAUAUGCCGGUCCGGGAAUCGUCAGAAGGAGUUAAACCGUUCCUGCGUCUAACCACGAGUAUGAAGAACCAAUCCCUCUCUAAUACCUCGGAGAUGAAACUAUCUGUUCACACCGGUACACACCUUGAUGCACCAGGCCACUUUCAUGACAAGUAUUACGACGCUGGUUUCGAUUCCGAUUCGCUUGACCUCCAAAUCCUAAACGGCCCUGCACUGUUGGUUGAUGUUCCAAGGGAUAAGAAUAUCACUGGUGAGGUUAUGAAAUCACCUCAUAUUCCUAAGGGAGUUCCUCGUGUGCUCUUCAGAAUAUUGAACACUGAUAGGCGGCUUAUGUUUGAGAAAGAAUUCGAUUCUAGCUUUGCUAGAUUCAUGAUGGAUGGGGCGAAAUGGUUGGUUGAGAAUACAGAUAUCAAACUUAUUGGGCUUGAUUAUCUUUCUUUUGCUGCUUAUGAGGAAGCGCCUGAAACGCACAAGUUUAUACUAGGAGAACGGGUGAGUAUACUAUAUAUUUCCCUAUUAAAGAUAAUCCCUGUGGAAGCGCUGAAGCUGGAUGAUGUGGAGGUAGGAAUGUACUCGCUUCAUUGCUUACCGUUGAGAUUGCCUGGAGCGGAAGGUGCACCAACGAGAUGUAUUCUCAUAAAGUGA